UCCAACUCUUAUAGACUUUGGUUUGUGCAUGAAGUUUAAGAAUUCUUGAAGUUUUGAGUUUGGUUUGAUGCCAUGACUUCAUUAAUUUCAAUUUUUUUAUUGUUUUUUUUUUUUUAAAUUUCAGCAAUGGAUAAAUCUUGGAUAAAUGCCGAUAGGGAUACUUUAAAGUACGAAUUGGGUGUUGAAAAUUUCUUGAUUUUUGCUGAAGAAUAUGCUAGUAACCCUAAGAGAAUUCGUUGCCCUUGUGCAAGAUGUGUAAAUUUCAAAAAGAAGUCGAUUAAAGUCAUUAGGGGACAUUUGUAUGAUUAUGGCUUCAGUUUGGGAUACACGGCUUAUCGAUCUCUUAGAAAUGCAAAAGAUUGGCCAAUGAGUGAUAGCAGCAUACACGGCAUAAGCAACUACAUGAACUUAUUACUGAAAGAGACGAGUUGGAUACUUUUGGCUUUAUUGAUCCUGCUGCUACGUACAUAUAACUGCGAGAGAUCAGACUUUAGUUCCUACUUAGUGAAUCUGUUGAAAGAGGGAAAAGCUGAUCGCAUUUUCUUUAUGCCCUACAAUCCGGAGGAACAUUGGAUAUUGACAAUCAUAUGGGAGGAUGAAAUCUACAUCUUGGACCCUUUGGGAAAAUCAAUCCAUUACCAAGCAUGGGAGAGCUCUGUGAUAAAUGCGAUUAAAAGUUUCAAUGCUGAAACGGGUAGGGCUAACAAGGUGCCGAAAUUGAAACUACUUCCGGGCGUACCUAAACAACUGGGUGGAAUUGAGUGUGGCUAUUGUGUAAUGCGAUACAUGAAGGACGUUAUAAAUGAUGAGCAGCUUUCAUUUCCGACCAAGUGGGCAGCAAGGACUCGGAAAGUAUACACCCAAGAAGAACUUGACGAGGUCCGCAUUGAAGUAGCUGACUAUUUGCAGACUUUGUUAUAGAUGCUGACUCUACCAAAGUGAUUUUGAAUAAGGCUAGCUAGAUUUUGUAGCUUUGUUUUGAAGUAGAACGUUGUACAGUUGCAGGUGAACUAAACUGCAUAUUGUUAUUGCAAUGGGAUGUUUUGGGCUAGCCAUGAUGUAGGUUGGGGUGUUUUUGCCUAUUUUUGGAACUAUUAACAAUUCUGUUGUUGGAAAGAAAUUAAUGCAAUGCCUCAUAUUCAAUUGUUGUCGAA